CCCACAGUUCCGAGCCUGGCAGUGCUGUUCCACGCACUAGAUGAGCAGCAGCAGCAGCAGCAGCAGCUCCCAACUUAGAGGAACAUGUCUCCAGCCAUCACGAAGGACGGACUGAGAGCUCGGCGCACAGAGGACCUUCUGCCGUUGUGCUGAGAGAAGCCCAGAGUGGAGCCCAGGUCCUGUUGUGGGCUAAUUAAAUCCCCAGGAUAACGCCACUGACUGACCACCCCGCCUUCCAUUUCCCCUGGUUCACCGGGAAAAAAAACAACACAACUUGUCCUGAGCGGGACGUCAUCCUGGUCUGACCCUUCACCCUCCCUCCUCUGCCUCCUCAUGUUCCUCCAGACGGAGAGGAGCGCAGGGCGAGCACACGCAGCCCGCCGGCCGCCGCUGCUGCUGCACGCUUCCUGACGGGCCAUGGCGCUCCGGAGGAGGCUGGCACUCGGCGCGUUGACCGGCGGCUCCCUGCUGGUUAUCUACAUCCUGUGCAGGUACCUGGAGAACCAUCUGUCCCUAGUACCUCUGGGACAUUGCCACGGCUCCACGCAGAGACCCAGCAGCUCACAAGACUCUCUGGUCAGACAGAGCAACAGUGACCAGUGGAGCCACCCGCCCCACACCUCCACCCUUCCCCCAGAGCUCUCCUCUGGAACAGUUCUGCCUAAGCACCCGCAGACUCCCACUCCAAAGACUCAAACAGCCACAGCUGCUAAACACAAACCAGGAGAGAACAAUUCCCUGGACAACUUAAAGACAACAGAGCCUCCAUACAUCGGAGACACUUACAUGAGAGAAGUCAUCCCACCACAAACAAACUGCUCCGACGGUAUCCGAAGUCGGAUCACCAAAACAGAAUUGAGCGGACGGUUCCUGAAAGACGUUCCUGUCCUGCAGUGGGCCGAACACGUCACUCCUAAACAGCACCAGCGCCUGAGCCGCUACCCAGGAGCACAUGGCUGGGGCGGGAUCGAAUACAAGACAUUGGUGGAAACUCUGUUUGUCCUCAACUCUUCUGCUAACUGGCAGCUGCUGGACAACUGGAAGGAUCUCGGGAAUGAAUCCGAGUGCAUCCGCUGCGCCGUGGUGGGGAACGGAGGGAUCCUCAAGGACUCAAAGAAAGGGAAGGAGAUUGACAGUCAUCACUACGUCUUCAGGACCAACGGGGCAAUCAUUAACGGCUUUGAGCAGGACGUGGGGUCUCGGACCACCCACUACACCUUCUCCACCAACACACUGAUGAACUCCAUGAGGGGCUACUCCCGCGCCGGCUUUAAAGGACCCCCUCAGUCUAAAGAAACGCGCUACGUGUUCCUGCCAGAUCACGGCCGUGAUUACCUGCUGAUGAAGGCUGCAGUGACACACACUCCGGUGGAGCAAGGACCUGAGAAAGGCAAAGAUCCCUCCAAGUACUUUGGACAGGACGUGUCUGCAGAAAAGCUAAAGAUGUACCACCCCGAUUUCAUCCGUUACCUCCGAAACAGAUUCCUUCGUUCUAGUGCUCUGAAAACCAAAUAUAAGGACAUUUACCGUCCGUCAACAGGCGCUGUGAUGUUGUUGGCUGCGCUGCAUACUUGUGACCAGGUGAGUGCGUACGGCUUCAUGACCCCAGACUAUAAGAACUACUCCGACCACUACUACGACAAAACCAACCACAGAGUGGGCUUUUACAUCAACCACGACCUGCGGAUGGAAAUGAAUCUGUGGCAGCAGCUGCACCAGGCGGGGCUCAUACGACUCUACAUGCACAAUGAAGUUAGCUCGAACCAGAAAUAACGUCGUCCCGUCUGUCUGCACACGAGUUACCGGCACGGUCCUAAAGGGAGACAGAUGGACAACUUUUCCUGCCUUGGCUCAAAAUGACUCUGAACUGAGCAAAAACAAAUACAUUUUAUUUAACAUUGGAUGCAUCAUCAUUACAUUUUCUAGAAAUAUCCAAUGCCCUCAGAGGAUGAAUCCUUAAUGACUUUGGCGAUAUCCUGAUUCUUUUAUUUUUUUUUGUCCAACACUUUACGUUAUCCACAAAACUUAAGGGCAUUCCCAGCAACCUGUGCUACUUUGUUUAGCGCUAAUAAGCAAAUGUUAGCAUGCUAACACGCUAAUCUAAGGUGGUAAACAUUUCACCUGCGAAACACCGGCAUGUUAGCAUGCUAAUAAUAGCAUUUAACCAAAAGCGCUGUUUUGUCACAUAAUUCAGUGUUUACGAGCAACCAAAUACGAGAAAAGGUUCACGGUAACCUCAGUUUUAUUUCUGAGUGAGAGGAAUUUUCUGUCAACAAAGUUGGCAGUUGCAUCAACACCAAUACAGUCUAUUCAGCUAAUUUAGAACGAGCUAUACACACUGAAGGUUAGCAAAAGUAGACUAUUUACUAUGGGUGUAAAAGUAGAUGCUCUUGAGUAUCGCAAUAUGUUUUAUGAUGUGACCGUAUAGAUUCUCCAGAACUCUCAUUUUUAAAUUAAUACUGAAUGUGAAAAGAUUUGUGGCAGAAAGUGUUUUAUUUUGAGUUGGCUUAACGACCGACUGCUGGGUAGCAGUGUUGCAAUCUAUCUUCAGACUUCGGAGUCUUUCACUCCAACGUAUGCAUAUGGUGGUGUGUUCUUUAUCUUUGACUUUUUUCCUUAAAUUAGAUAAGUAAUCUCACUAUAGUCUCCCAUUGCCAGACCUACCUCCACAGAGCUGGCAAGUCCACACAGCACUCUGGGAUGGGAGAAAAACAUGCUCUGGUUUAUUGGCAUUUCUUUAAACCAAUCACAGUCGUCUUGGGCGGCGCUUAAGACGCCGGACGGAGCCAGUGUCUCUGUGGGCAUACAUGUGUUUGGUGGAACAUGUGCACGUUCAAAGGUUGUUUUAGUCGUGCAACAGAAAACUCAGAUUGGACAGAUAGUCUAG